CUCACUCCCACCUCUGCCACUGCAGUUGCAGUGCUCCGAGGGUCCACACCAGAGCAGAUCCCGGCUCAGUGAGAAGCCCUCCAUCCUCCAGCAGCGUCAGGGUGAUUGUGGUCUGCCUGUUUCCUCUCUCAGCCACUGCCAGCCUGAGAGCUCUGCUGUCAGACAGUCCAUCCUUCAGCUGAGCUGCUCCUGGAAACGGUGUCAACAUGGUGCGUGCAAGUGGCUUACUCACUGGCGUAAAGGACCCAGUUGCACUGAAGAGCAUUGCUGUGACUCUGUCCAUCAAUGACUUUGUGGCUGGUGUCUCUGCAACCUUAAAUUAAGAGAAUGAAGAGAAAGACGCCUUGGAGGCCUUCUUUGUGUUCCCCAUGGAUGAAGACUCUGCUGUCUUCAGCUUUGAGGCCUUGGUGGACGGGAAGAAAAUUGUGGCCGAGUUGCAGGACAAGUAUCAGGCUCACAAAAGGUAUGAAGAGGCCCUCUCUGGGGGAUAUCAGGCAUACCUCUUAGAAGAAGACAAGUGCUCUAGGGAUGUCUUCCGUUGCAACGUGGGGAACAUGCAGCCAGGGUCAAAGGUGGCACUCACCCUGAAAUAUGUGCAAGAGCUUCCUCUGGAAGAUGAUGGGGCCUUGCGUUAUGUGCUCCCAGCAAUCCUGAAUCCUAGGUAUCAUCUCUCUGAGCAAUCUGUGGACAGUUCCCUGGAUCUGAAGACCCCAAUAGUCCCUUUGGAGGACCUGCCAUACACGCUCAGCAUGGUUGCCACCAUUAGUUCCCAGCUUGGAAUCAGGACAAUCCAAUCCAACUGUCCCUUGAGUUCCAUUGACUACACUGGAGAGGACAAGACCUCUGCUCAGGUUUCCUUGGCUGAAGGACACAAGUUUGACCGGGAUGUGGAACUCAUGAUUUUCUACAGGAAGGUGCACAGCCCCAGUGUAGCCGUGGAGAUGGGGAUGCCUGAAAGGGAAGCAGAUAGUUUGAUGGGUGCUCCUUCUGCAAUGGUGAGUUUCUAUCCAGAUAUCCCAGAAGUGGAGACUGCAACAAAAUGUGGAGAAUUUGUGUUCCUGAUGGACCGUUCAGGAAGUAUGAAGAGCCCCAUGAGUGGCCAGAACAGGUCUCAGCUGAGAAUAGAUGCUGCCAAGGAAACACUGAUUCUGCUACUGAAGAGUUUGCCUAUGGGCUGCUAUUUCAACAUCUAUGGAUUUGGAUCCACCCAUGAGGCAUUUUUUCUGAAUAGUGUGCGGUACACUCAGGAAACCAUGGAGAAAGCAGUGGAGAAAGUAAAGCUUAUGCAGGCAGAUCUGGGAGGGACAGAAAUUUUAACACCACUCCGGAAAGUUUUCAGGAAACCACCUAUUCCAGGGCAUCCCUUACAGGUCUUUGUCUUCACAGAUGGAGAAGUUGUUGAAACUUUUAAUGUAAUCAGGGAAGUUAAAUUCCACAGCAAAAGGCACAGGUAA